UGCAUUUUAUGACUAUACGUAUCAAAAAUGAAUCCAGCUAAUAUCUUUGGUGGCCCUCAGGGUUUUCAGGCACAGAAUAAUACCAGUCAGAACUUGUUUCAGGCAUUUAAUCAGCAAGGAACAAGCACCACCACACCAAACACUGGUUUUGGUCAGAAGCCAGCAUUUGGUCAACCUUCAGCUUUCAGCCCUCCUUCAGUGUUUGCUCAAGGUUCUGCCCAAGCGUCUGUCUUUGGCCAAACACCAUCAUUUGGCCAGACACCAUCCUUCGGUCAGACUGGCGGCUUGGGGCAGUCCUCACUCUUCUCCACAGCUCCAGCUCCAUCGUUCGGACAACCAGUUUCAUCCCAACCGGCACCUGCGUUUGGAGUGACUCCAUCUCCUAUGGCACAGAGUCAGAUUCCUUCUUUUGGUAAUGCGCAAAAACCUGCAUUUGGAUUGAGCCCUGCGUUUGGCCAGACCUCUGGAUUUAGCAUGUCUUCUGGUAACCAGCAGCAGCCUGCCAGUUCCAUCAGCACUGGAGGAUCUCAGCCCAGCUUCGGUCAGCCUUCCUUCGGUCAAGCGUCUGCCUUUUCAGCUUCGAGCUCAGCUGGAAAUAAUCAGACCAAUACACAGACUGUCGGGACAACAACAGUCGGCCUUAAGCCUCAGUCUGAUCCUUUCUUCAAACCUAUAUUUAGUGCCGGUUCUGUUUCUUCUGACUCUCAGUCUCCUGCUCCUGGACAGUUUGGAUUAAUUAAACCAGUUACUAGUGGAUCGGACAGCGGUGGACUUGGAAAAUCUGCUGGCCCACUUGUCACAAGUGUAAAGCCUAACACUAUGGGUUUCAGUUUUUCCCAGCCUGGGGCCACACCUUCAUCGUUUGGAAAUGUGAACAUGCCUCAGACUGGAAUGACUGGUGGAAACACUCCACAGUUUAGAUUCUCUCAGCCUGCUAAUCCAUCCAGCAACAACAGCAGCAGCGCCACCACCACAGCUGCUCAACCCACCACUGUAUCCAACAGUCCAUCUUUAUUUAGCUUUUCUCAAAACGUCCCUCAACCCCAGCCUGAGGCAAAAAAGGUCAUAUUCGGUGGACCCGUCCAAUCAUUAUUUUCAUACAAAAGUCUGAAACCUGAAGAGAGCACAGAGAGAGUCGAAGAGAGCUCAGGAGCGCCGACUAUCGUGAAUUUUGGGAAGAGCAUGAAACGUAAGGAAGAGGCAGAUGAUCCGAAUGUCGGGCAAAUAAAAACUACCAAAACCUCAGAAGCCCCCGGUGGAGCAGACAGCUCGAGACACCCUUCCAAGCGGCCCCUGGUGAGGAGUCGAGAACUUGUAGGUGGCCUGUUUCGAAAUGCCUUGUCUGGUCUGAUCAAGGAAUCGUCCAAUGUAGUUAAAAAAGAACGUGGUCAGGAGCACAAACAAGACCCAUCCGGUCCUGAUGCAGAGGUGUCGGUCACACCUCCGAGACCUUCGGCUCCGAUAAGGCAUUUCUUAGAAAAAGCAGAGAAGGAAAAGCCUGUUCCCGAGCCUGAAGCUGAAGCGACUCCUCCACUUCGAAGAGCCAGACGUAGAGAGAGCUCAGAAAGCCAGACCGGUGUGUCCCCCACUGAUCUCACCAUUAUAAACUGCAAGGGGAUUCCACCCAAGCUCAGCACCAGAGAAGUAGUCCGGAGUCAUUUUAAUGGCUUCGGGAAGGUGCAUAAAGUGUACUGCAAGCCUCAGAGGAAUCAAGUCACUGUACACUUUCAUGAUCAUGCGUCUGCAGCGCGGGCAAAAAAGAACGGGACUAAUUUCCAUGGAAGUAAAAUCCAAAUGUUUUGGCAGAGAAAGAAACGGGAAGGCACAACCGAGAUAAAAGAACGACCAUCGGAGGUGAAAGACAUCGCUAGUGCAGAGGGAGAGUCGAGGCCAGAGGGCUUCCAGCUCUCUCUGAUGAGAAAACCACUACCUGUAUCUGCGACCGCCAGCACCUCCAGCGAUCUUACUAAAGGGUCUCCUGCCAAGAAACCCCCAGUGACCAAAACCCUUCAGUUUGAUCCCGAACCUCAAGAGGAAGUGAGCGCAGAGAGCCAGAGCGUAGAGCGACCGGCGGCCGUCCUGCCCUCAUCCCUUCAGCCCCUGAUCGGUCAGAUAGGCGAGACGGCGGAGGAAAAGUACCGGCUGCUUGAGCAGAGAGACAAAAUCCUUCGACAAUUGAGACCAAAGAGAACCGACCUGGACUUGUCCAAGGUAUUUGUGGGCACGUGUCCUGAUAUGUGCCCUGAGAAGGAGCGCUACAUGAGGGAGACCCGCAACCAACUCAGCGUCUACGAGCUUGUUCCAGAAACAGAAAAGGUGGAUCAUUGUGCGGCCAUUAAAGAAUACAGCAGGUCCUCGGCUGACCAGGAGGAGCCUCUCCCACAUGACCUGAGGCCUCUGCCGGUGCUGAGCAUGACCAUGGACUACCUUGUUACCCAGAUAAUGGACCAGGGUGAGGGCAGCUAUCGCGACUGGUAUGACUUUGUUUGGAACAGGACCAGAGGAAUUCGUAAGGAUAUUACCCAGCAGCACCUGUGUGACCCAGUGACCGUGUCCCUUAUCGAAAAGUGCACCCGCUUCCACAUCCACUGCGCCCACCACCUGUGCCAGGAGCCCAUGUCGUCCUUCGACGCCAAGAUCAACAACGAGAACAUGACCAAAUGCCUCCAGAGCCUGAAGGAGAUGUACCAGGACCUGGCCACCAAGCACACGUACUGCCCCAGCGAGGCCGAGUUCCGCCAGUACAAUGUGCUGCUUAAACUCAACGAUGGAGACAUUCUACGGGAGGUGCAGCAGUUUCGUAAAGAGGUCCGGGACUCGGCGGAGGUGAAGUUUGCAGUUCAGGCCUUUGCAGCCCAUAACAGCAACAACUUUGUCAGGUUCUUUAAGCUGGUGAAAUCAGCAUCUUAUCUGGCCGGCUGCAUUCUGCACAGAUACUUUAAUCCGGUACGACGCACAGCGCUCAAGGCCCUGAACAUUGCUUACACUGCGAGUUCUCAGAGGUCCACCUUCUUUCCUGUGGAGGACCUGGUGCGAAUGCUAAUGUUUCGGAGUGCUUCGGAUGCGACCGACUUUCUGCAGCUUUAUGGGCUCAGUGUCACUGAUGGCAUGGUCGAGCUAAGCCGUACAGCUUAUCAGGAGCCAGAUCUUCCUCUGCCCCAGAAGAAGUCCGUCGCCAUUCUGAAAAAGAAGACCGUACUGAUCGGAGAGAUCGUCAGCGGUGGCCCACUGCCCAACCCUCCACAGCACACACCGGUCUGCAGCUUCGACUCGAAGAACAAGUACCAGGGGGAUUCUGUUUCACUGGAGCCAAUGCCAGCGGCCACAAAAGUGGCAGCUCCUGCUCAGAGACAUGAAGUUAAACCCCUGGCCGAACCAGAACCGAGGACCCAAGUCCCUCCCAAAGCGCUCGAGUCGAGACGGUUUGCGGAGGCUCCCGGAGUGUCUGUGCUGGCUCAGCUCAAAGAAACCCACGAGACUGGAGAGUCCGUGCCACACACCGUGCCAGUUCCGCCAGUGAAACAGUUGCCCGUGUUCCAGCCCUUAUUCCAGCCUAUUGAACAACCGAAGCCAAUCAGACCUCCAUCUCCUAAAAAGCCAGUUUACUCUGAUCAGGAUAUACUGGCAGAGGUGGAGUCUGUAGUGGAGGAGGUUCUGAAAGCUGAGGUCUCGAACGUUGCAAAAGCUGGGGCUGAAUAUGUGUCUACAGCUCUCAGUGUGAGCCUGAGCGAGCUGGAGACGGUGGUCUGUGAAGUCGUGGAUCACGUGCUGAGAGAACUGUCUGUGUCAGAAAUCGCUAUCGAGAAGGAGAGAAUCGCCGAGGAGAAACGCAAGCAGGAGGAGGCCAGGCGCAGAAAGGAACUCGAGGCCUUCCUGGAUAAGCUGAGCAAAGAGCUGUGUGCUGAGCUCAGUGAGGAGGUCCUGACACAGAGCUUCGAGGAGGCGGCCGCUGCAGAGAUCAAGUUUGCUUUGGAGGAAAAGGCUGCACUGCUGGCUCGCUGUACCGAGGACGUGUGUAAGAUCUUAGAGGAGGAGACGCUGAAUGGGGUGAUUGCCCAACUGGCAGAAGAGGUGCUGGAAGCUGAACUGCGACGAAUAAGAAAGUUCAUCAAGAGGUGGCGUGAUGUGGUCGCAGUACGCCGACGGUUGAAGCGGCAGAUGCGGGCGUUCCCCGCGGCGCCGUGCUGUGUGGACCCCCGUUUCAAGCUGCAGGCUUUGGUGCCCAGCGCCCCGCCCGCACAGGCUAAGGACGUACUCGCUCGAGGUCUCAUCAACCUAGGAAACUCAGGGAACAUGGUCAUGUCGUGCACAAGCUUACUAAAAACGAGGAAUGACACGGUUCACCGGAUGCGUGUGGACUACUACUAUAAUUUAUUGUUGAGUGAACAGGUUUGGUCUCCUCUUGACCUCCCCACGCUGGUGGCUGAAAGCACCCCAAAUCCACCUGACAGAAUCUUUUGGAAAGCGGCUCUUUUGCUUCCCAGCGAGCAGGACGAUGACAUGAACUUUGCUUACAACACUCUUACAAAAUGGCUUGAACUGAAGCUGGGUGGUGGAGAGAAAAUAGAAGAGAGUAUGACUGAGCCCGAGGGAAAACUGGAAACCCUGGUCAUCAGUAACAGCCUGAGAGAGAUUGGAAGAAAGACCCACAAGGUUCAUGUAUGCCUGAAGGUGAGCCACGGACCUCUGAACGAGGAGGGCCAGGGUCAGCUGGAGGAGCAGAAGGAGCUUCUCGGCACCAGUGCCCUGAUGAUGCUUCUGCCCCCUCUGCCCAGCGGUGAACAAGGCGAGGAAGACGUACCGUUACUGUCUGCCCUCCUCCAGCUCAAACAGGUGCAGCAGGCCAGCGGCUGGCACGCCCCAUUGCCCCUGGCACUGAUCAUACCUGACCAGCUGACUGAGGAAGUUUCUGACCAGAAGUUAGAAGAAGUCCUUAAACUGAAGACGUUAAUUCAGGAUGGGCUCAUCUCAGAGUACAUCUUCAUCCAUGUUUCUGGAAGCCUCACUGAUCUGCAGGGAUCCAAGCAGAUUGGUGAGGCCGUGCGCUGGCUGGUCGCCCACUCAUCGGUCUCUCCGGUCCUGUCCUCUGCGCCUCUUCUGCAGCUAGUGGAAGGGGCGCUGUGCCACGAGUUCUACCGCAGGUUUCACCACGACAAGCAGCAAAGGGCGCAGGCGGCUCUCCUGUGUCAGGACCCGGCGGCCGUCAUCCAGCUGUAUAACAGGGUGCUGGUUUAUCUGGCAGAUGUGGUCAGCUCUGAGAGGUUGGCUAGAAUCUCCUGGCCUCCACCUGAGUUUUCUCUGCCGGAGACCAGGGAGCUCGUGCCACAUCUGGACUGGAACACCCCUCAGCAUUUGACCUGGCUGAAAAGAGUGGUCCUUAACUUGCAGCUCCCUGAAUGGGACCUGCCUCCUCAGAACGCUCCAUGGCCUCGUUUGUGUGAAUCCAUAUUCCAGUACGUGUCUCGGAUUCCCAGCUCCUCCUUAAGCCAGCCGCUCCUCAUGUCCCGUCUGGAGAACCUGCUGGCCAGAGUACGUGCCCGUCACCUGCAACAAGAAAGUGGAGCUGGACCGUUCUUUAAUCACAUACCCUGGGAUGACGUCUUGGUACUUUGCAUAGAGCAUCGACUGAAUGAUUUUCAUGGCCCGGAGAGUCCAGCAGUGAAAGAUGCCUUUACUGACCAGGGAGAGAUUCUGGUGUACUUCUACAAAGAUCAGCUGAACAAGUUUGUGCCCCCUGAGAGUUGGGUAGCAGCAGUGAGACGCACUCACAAGGAGAGACAGCAGAACACAGAUGGGUCAGAUGUGAGUUCCGGUCAGGUCCUGAGCCCAGCAGCACCCUUACCCAGAAAGAGGCUGUUUCAGAGUCGGAUGGUGGUAGAGUUGAGCUCGUCUGUCCCAGACAUCGCUCAUGUUCCAACCCCUGAGGAGCGGCAGGCUCAUCUCCUGCUGUCCAGCAUCGAACAGGAGAAAGCUGAGAGUCAGAGAUUCACAGAGCAGCUGCAGCGCUGGUCUGAUGAGAAUCAUCUGGACCUCUCUAGACCUCUUCUCAUGCCGUCCACACUGCUGUUAGCACCUGAGAUGAUGCCUCCUAAACGGCAACGACCAGCGUCUGCUGUCUGUGCUGCCCAGGCAAAUGAACCAGAUGAUGCUCGUAGGAGUGCUAGGUGUGUGUCUCUAACAGAGAGAAUAAAAGAGCUUGAUAGGCUGAUUGUAGUGAAUCGAGAGGAGGAGCUGGCCUGCAGUCUCAGACUAAACAACCUGUUAUCUAUUGUAGAAGACUGAGCAGUAUAUUACUGCUGCCGUUCUGUUUUGAGUUUCUCAGAAAGUCUGUAGUGAUAAAGUAAUUGCAGUUCUAUCUUUUAAAUGAGCUGAUGUUAUGAGACUGUAAUGUCAAUGUAUUUUCUUUGUUCUAUAUAAAGAUUAGUGUGCUUUAGUAUGUAAAGCGCAUUACUUCUUAACGCUAAAAAUGUAUUUUUGAAUUUUGCAAUAAACUUGUUUGCUUUUUUAA